ACUAAUUAAGGUAUAUAAUGUCAAACGCACGAGACGCAUCCUCUUCUCCUAAAGUGAAAGGAGGUUUUAUUUACCUCUCCAUCCCGGAGAGAGAAGGACGCCUUCAGAAGUUUACGAUUUCACCAACAUAACAGCUGAGAAAUGGAGGAAUUAGCUCGUGAGAGUAUUCGCAGCAUGAGUUUGCUGUCCAAACCAGCGCGAGGAUCCGAUGUCCCCCGUCUGGGUUCCAUGGGAGCCAUUUUCAUUAUGCUGAAGUCUGCUCUGGGCGCCGGGCUCCUCAACUUCCCGUGGGCCUUCGAGAAAGCGGGCGGAAUAAAUAUGGCCCUCAGUGUGGAAAUGGUGUCUCUGAUCUUCCUGAUCAGUGGCUUGGUGAUUCUGGGUUUCUCCUCGUCGGUGAGCCGGCAGGACACGUACCAGGAUGUGGUGCGCGAGGUGUGUGGCCGCCGCAUCGGCCAGCUGUGUGAGGUCUGCUUCUGCUUCAACCUCUUCAUGAUCUCCGUGGCCUUCCUGGUGGUGGUGCAGGAUCAGCUGGAGAAAUUAUGCAUAUCUAUGUACGAGACGAUUACUGGCCUGACGGAAGAGGAGAUGCCAUACAACUGGUACAGCGAUCAUCGCUUUGUGCUCUUCGUCAUGUGUCUGCUCAUCAUCCUACCCCUGUCCAUCCCUAAGGAGAUUAGCAUCCAGAAAUACACCAGUGUUCUAGGGACCCUGGCUGCCACAUACCUGGCAGUGGCCGUCAUAGUGAAGUACUACGUGGCAGAAGACCACUCUGCCGAUCUGGAGCCUGAACACAGCGAAGGGUUGGCAUCGUGGGCGUCCAUGUUCAGUGUGGUUCCUACCAUCUGCUUUGGGUUUCAGUGCCAUGAAGCUUGUAUCGCCAUCUACAGCAGUAUGGAAAACAAGAAACUCUCUCACUGGAUAUUCAUUUCCGUCGUCUCUAUGCUCUUUUGUCUCCUGAUCUACACUCUCACUGGUGUUUUUGGCUUCAUGACAUUCGGGCGGGUGGUGGCAUCUGAUAUUCUGAUGUCAUAUCCUGGAAAUGAUGUCACAAUGAUCAUCGCUCGGCUGCUCUUUGGCUUCUCCAUCAUCACCAUCUAUCCCAUUAUUCUGCUGUUGGGCAGGUCUGUGAUUCUGUCUCUGCUGAUCCGCUACCGUGACCGCACGGCCAUUGUGACGGACUCCUUUGAGCAGCGCUGCCGUGUGAUCCUGACGGUACUGUGGGUGGCUGUGACACUGCUCAUCGCCAUCUACGUCCCCGACAUGAGCGAGGUCAUCAGUGUCAUCGGAGGCAUCAGUGCCUUCUUCAUCUUCAUCUUCCCUGGUCUGUGUCUAAUCUUCACCAUGCAGACAGAGCCAGUGUCAUCCAGAACUAGGCUCCUGUUGACCGUGUGGGGAGUGGUCACCGUGGUUGUGGGAGUCUUCAUCUUUGGUCAGAGUACCACCAUUGCCGUAAUGGAGCUGUUGCACAAGUUUUGAUUGUACCUAACCACCACUACACUACUAGCAGUUGAGACUACUGAAAUGCCAUCAUCACAAGCCAAAAAUGGUCUGUACAGUGGUAUGCAGACUAUGCAC